UUUCUUUUUGUUCUUCCUCUAAAUCUUUGUUUCACACUGUCCUGCAGUUUUUUUUAUGUCUCGCUGAAGCGCAUAUGUAUUGCGCACUGAAGACUCAAGUCACGCACAUGUGGGGAAAAAAAUGAAGUUUUUGUUCUUCUUCAUCAUGUGGUUUGCAUCCGCGGAGCUGAAACCUCGGAGAGGCUCCGGGGUGGUUUGUACUUUUAAAGACAAAUCCUACAGACCAGGAGACAGCUGGCAUCCCUAUCUGGAGCCUUUUGGAUACAUGUUCUGCAUGCGUUGCGUCUGCGCAGAGACAGGUCACGUGAAGUGCAACACAAUCAAGUGUCCUGCGCUGGCGUGUGAGAACCCUGUGACCGAGCCUCAGCGUUGUUGCCCAAGGUGCACAGAUGAACCCCGGAUCCCAGCAGCACUGAGGGCGCCUGUCAAAACAUGCAGGCACAAUGGGAGCGUCUAUCAUCCAGGGGAGACCUUCACCAACCAGGGCCUCUUUCCAUCCAGGCAGAGCAAUCAGUGCGUCAUGUGCACAUGCUCUAAUGGAAAUAUCUUCUGUGCUCUGAAAACCUGCCAACCUAUCAUCUGUUCUUCUCCAGCCUCCCUCCCAGAUACCUGCUGUUUGGUGUGUAAAGACCAUGGCAGCAGUGGCUCCUCAUCCACUGAGGAUGGAAACAAUCAGCUGAACAGAGGCGUGAGGCAUUCAGUGGACCAGUGUUCUGGAGAGCAGAGCAGGGUCAGGUCAGACCAUGCCACCUUGCCGAGGAUCAAGGCUUCUCCCAGGGGCCUGAGCCUCAGUAAGCUCAACCUCAGAGGGGCCUCGGAGACCACGGUGAGGAUUUUGCUGCAGAGGAAACACCAAAGAGUUUGUUUAUACAACAGCAAGACGUACUCUCACGGAGACGUGUGGCAUCCCGUUUUGGGGAAGGUCCUGGAAUGCAUCGUUUGCACUUGCACCGAUGGCAUCCAGGACUGCAAGCGCAUCACAUGUCCAAGCCAGUACCCGUGCCAGCAUCCAAUGAAAUCAGCUGGAAAAUGCUGCAAGACUUGUCCAGAGAGCAAAGCCGAAAUGAACCAGACCCAGUGCUAUCUUGGGUAUAAAAACAACCUCUUGGUGUAUAAAGUGGAACCGUCUUUGAAAAUUGAUUCUCCUAACACAGUUAAGAUCAUUGCUGCUGAAAGACAGAGUACAGCAGAGAUUGAAGUGCAAGCCUGGAACACAGCAGAAGGUAUUUUACGAAUAAUGGAGAUUGGCGACGUGAAAAAAAAAGACAUCACGGAUCAUCCAGAAAAUUACACCCUUCUUACCACCCUUGAUGAAGAGACGUGGAAAAAAUUUAAAGGGGUGGGAGAAAACCUCAGCAAAGCUGCUCAGACCACAAUUUGUGAAAACGGCAUUCGGGAGAUAGUGACGUUCCUGAAUCCAAAGCAAACAGAAGGCCUGUGUUCACCGUAAUCGUCCCUCCUAAUAUCAGUAUUCACACUACAUGUAUAUCAAACAACAUACGUUAUUCAUUCAAGCUGCAUUUGAUUUCUUUUUUAUUUAUGCAAGUGGAAGUUCUUACUAUUCAUGUUUUUUAUGCAUCUUUGGAACCAUUCUUUGGUGGUAGUUUUGUCUUCAAAGAGACACAGUGAUAAUAAUGACAUCCAUCUUCGCUGUUUAUGAUUCUUGUAAUGAUGAUUCUUGAAACAUUAUUAGAUUUGUCGAAUUAGGUUUAAACCUAAAAACAUGACGAUGAGGGGUAUAUUGCACUAACUGUAUACACUAGUUGGCCAUAACAUCAUGACCACUGACAGGUAAAAUUAAAAUGCCUCAAAGCUGGCAGUGAGUUUAUUAAUAAUAUAGGAUAUUAUGAUAAGGAUAAUAGAUACUUAAAGGUGAUGUGUUGUAAGAGAGAAGAACUUGUAAUCAUGAGGAUUGGGGCAAUUUUGAAAGCAGACAGAUCAUGAUGGCUGGAGAAUUGGGUCGUAACAUGUCCACAGCUCCAGCUCUGGUGUUAUGAUUGGUGCCAGAUAUUGGUGCCAGGGCCAUUUAGACAGAUAGCAGCCCCAGUUGGGGGCUACCGAUUUGCUGGCCUAAAUACUGCCCCCGCUGGCUAGAUGAUAAUUGCCACAAGUCCCCUUUAGGCAGGGCAUUGUCUGGACCUGCAUCCAAAUGUAGUCGCAUCUUUAUCCAGAUCAGGUAUUACAUUCUAGUGUAUUUUAAAUGGUGCACAUUUUCUUGCAGUUAAGAUGUGCAAGAAAUAAAUAAAAUGUGCAGAGUAUGUAUAAAAAACCUCUCUUUUCAUCCACUUGUGGUGUUCAAUUCAAGCCUGGGUCUUUUGUCAGAAGCCUGGGAACUUGAAGGUUCUGCAAGUUAGGACUGCGCUUAUCUGGACAACCCUUGGUGCUCCAGGACUACUGGCAACACUUAGGCCUUGAUUCUUCACAGCUUCUCUGUUUCCUUUUUCAGCCCUUGAUAUUUCUCAGGCUUCUUGUUAAACAUAUUCUAGAUGUUGCUGUCACUUGGGAUCACUAAGUUCUUGUUGACUAGAUCAGUCAUUUGGUAAUGGCACUCCAUUCUUGCUUUGCUGGCCAGAAUCUUGCGCCAUUUUAUUAUGUACUGGACUGUUUCAGGGGCAUCUAUGCAGAGCCUAAAUCUUGUUUCCUGUCUGAUGUGGUAGACCCUGAUAUUUAAUACUCCUGCGCUGAGAGCUUGUUUUUGUGCUACCAUGAGGAUUGCCUGUAGUGAUAACAUUUGGCAGUUUUGCUGUUUGCUAUUUCAACAAUUUUGUGUGUGUAUGUUUGGAUUUAAUUUCAAAGAAGGCACAACUUGUUCAGGAUGUGGACCUUUUUAAGGUUGUUGUACAUCACUUGUAAAUACAAGCUAAGGUACUCUCGCCUUAUUUAUAGUAUAUUGGUUUCUGCCUGUUUUCUCUGUGUGCAUUUGACUAUUGAAGGUUUUUUUCAUGAAGAAGCUGUUAAGUGUAGCUUUCAAAAUAUACAAAACUGUGUAGAGGCUUGUUAGAGAACACGCUGAUGUUAAAAGUAGAUGCACUGUUACUAUUUUUAUGUAGCAGAAAUAUUUGGGUUAUUUUCAUACCUUAACAGCUUCAUAUAUCUUCAGUAAUUAUAUUUUGAUGUGGACCUUGUUGAUUUAUCUGAAUGCACUUUGUACUUCAGCUAUGUCAAACUAUACAGUGUUGCCUGAUGUUUUACACCAUUAAAAAACAAUGUUUGACAACA